AUGAGCGUCUACGCACCCUCCUGCUCUUCUCGCUGGCCGCAGCAGAAUCUUCGUUGUCCCUCCGCCUUCCGGGCCACAUCUCCAACCCUAGUCCUGUCGGACUUUUAUGUGAAGAGAAGCCGGUGCUUCUCUAGAAUCUUCGCUGCUAAGGAAGCAGAUAAGCCUGUGAAGAAGAAGUCAGGGAAGCGGAAAGGGCCAGAAAAGCCGUAUCUUGUUGGCGAUGAAGCCGCCUUCCACUUGAAGUCUCCGGCUGCUGGUCGACAAAGCAGACAUCCCUCUCCCGUCCCUAAGCCGCCUGCAGGAUUUGUGCUCGAUGAUUGUGGCAGGGUCCUUUUUACCUGCAACAAACGAAUAGCCACCAUAGUUGAUGCUACAAACGACCUGCCCCUAGAAUGUGUUAUUAGGAGAGUGUUCCAAAGUUCUCAUGGAGAUGAAUGCAUGCUGCUUUGCCCAGUUGAUACGCCAGUGCAAAUACUGAAGAGUACAAAUUUUAAUGGAUGGUCAGCUGUGAAUGAUGAUGAAGUUGAAGCUAUCAUUCCUUCAGCUGCAUAUGCGCUUGCCAAAAUCCAUAUGCAUCUUGUUGUUAGUGGGUUUUGCUAUACUGCGAGAGGAGGGUUUUUCUAUUCUGAGGAGGACAUAAUUGAAUUGCACACAGAUGAUGGUCAAGAGAUUGAUGGCUUGCCAACUGAAGGUUUAGAAAUAACAUGCUUUAACUUGGAUGGGAUGCAUUACAUGAUAUAUACUCCUUCAGACCCAUUACUUUUUGUUGCCAUCAAGGAUAAGAACGGUAUUUUGCAUAUUGCUGAGGAUGAUCUAUUGGAGGACCCUGCUAUUGUCCGUGCCAUAGAUGAAGAGACAGAAUUCAAUGCUUUAGUGGAAGAGGAAGCUGCGCUUCUUGAAUCUUUAAUGAGGGAUGGGUGACCAGGAAUGCUUGCUGCUUCUAAUAGUAAUAGAGUUUCUUCCAGACUUGGUGUAGUUGAACAUCAUUGUCGAUGUUAGUGUAAUUUAUUGUGCAAAAACGAGUAGUGCUGACUACGUAUCAUAUUUAUAUUCUCAAUUAUCUUAGCUGUGCACUUUCUGCAAUACAGAUUUAUCUUCAUGUUGUCUUC